CUUGUUAUUUCCCUCAAAUGUAACCAUAAAACGCGAUCGUCAACAUUCGCUUACUAAUUAACUUUCCAACCAUUGUCCGCUCCCUUUGUGCGCCAAUUUCAUAGGCUUUAAAUGCCACUUGACAUUUUGUGGAAGUAGAUCAAUUUGGCCGCGGAAGGUCUGGGUAUGAGACUUAAAAACAUCCUGUAUUCCUCAUUCUGAUCCAAAACCUCCAAAUCUGUAGGCUUGAAAAACCCGAUUCAUGCUUUAUGUUUCGGAAUGUUUUCCAUAGUGGAAAUCUCGAAAUUGCCACCUUCUCUUUCUUUGAUUUACUUUGUUUCUGUAUUUGGUACCUGUGCUGAACUUGGAAUCAUUUAGCUUUGCACUUAAAUGACAGCUGCGCUUUGAGACUGUCUUUUCUGUGCAUUUACAGACCAAAUGGCCCAUUGCGUGUACCAUUGAAAUAAGUAAUUUUCGCGUGAAAUUUACCUCUCAAUCCGAUUAGAAUCGAACACGUUUGGCCCUAACAUGGUUUCUUUCUUUAGGAUCAGUUUUGACACAGCUAGUAAAUUCGCUCUUUUGGCCUGGCUUCAACUUGCAGCUCAAUGUUAAAGGUUUACCUGCAGCGGAAUAAGAUCAGGGAAUAACUUGAUAUCUGUAAAAGAAGAAAAGGCAGUCAUUACUCAAACAUUCGAAAGUUCUUAGGCGUCGCCUUUGCGCUGAAUACCUUAAAUUUCAAGAACAGAGCUAAUGCGUACACUGAAUCGAGUUUAGGGAGGGGCAUAAUCGGAUGAAAUUUAGCGAGAUAAGGCAAAGCUUACCUUUGGACCAACUAGCUGAACAACAUGGAGAAAUACGAAACUUAAUUGAAGUUACUGACUCAUGCCGGGAGUACGCUAACGACGAUUACGGUUUGCAAUUAUCGUUCGAGCUCAGCUCCCUAGAGGGAGACAAGCUGUGAAAUGCACUGCCUCUCUACGUUUCCUUUGGGAGUCAGUCGAUUAAAUACAACGAUAUUAAAAUUCCUUCACAGCGCGAGAAAUGCACUUCGCUAAAAUAGAUUACCUUCAGGUAAGACUAAAGUAUUUGAGCUGGUAGAAGCUAAUUACCUAGUUAUAAACAUUUCGGAAAACAAAAUGAAUGAAUAAAAUGAGUGCAAUAGAACUCAGUAUUUUCAGCUCCACUGCCAAGUUUUCUUACGUUACUAAAACCACUUUUGCUCUGAGCUAUAAAAUAUUAUUCCUCCCUUUUUUGCAACCGCUACCCAAUACAGCAGCUCCUCUCUGAUAGCAAUCUUGAUUUCCAGGCCCGGUUCUAAUCUUACAAUGAUGCCUGAUAAUUUUUCAGCACAAAUCUUUCUAAGUAAAACUCCUUGCCUUACAAAUGUGCUGCAAGCCGCCAGCUUAGAAUACUGCCGGAAACUACUCUCAUUGGUUUUACGGUAUUCUAAAAUUUAGGUAAUCUCGGCGGAAUAUAAGUUCUAUAGCAACUUCUUUCCCUCAAGAUAUCAGUAUGAAUAUACAUUUAAACAUCCGAGUGCAAUCAUUUUCUCGGUAGAAUGGCACAUAUCCAAACAAUGCCUUCUGGUGUAUAAAGAAUUUAAAAAAAGGUUCCUCGUUUUAGAAUGGGAAAUGCACACUAAGAUACAAGACGCUGAUUCCUUCGCUAUACGCAUGUGAAAACCGAAUACCGGAAAAAUGCUUAUUCUGGAAAUUUUAAUUCAGAACUUGUCUUUUUCAUGGAGGCAAACAAAGGGGCGUAAAAAAGGAAAUCCGUGAGGCUGGUAUUUUUUUUGACGGGGAAGAAAAAACGACUAACAAAAAACUUGGCGGGGCAUUUUCCCACGCUUUUGAAGACUCGGUUGACAAGAGGCUACACGCACUGUCCCUGUCAAAACAAGACUACUGAAGAAUUAGUCAAUUAAGUCUGACUUACGGCACGGUCAGUGAAGGUCGGGGUUUAUAUUAUUUUCUUGAGUUCCCCUGCUUUCAAAUCAAACAUUAAGUAUCCAUUUAGUCUCUAAUUGUUCAGUUCAGCAUGAAGUUAUCAACUGAUUGCGGCCAGCUGCGGUGUAGAUUGAAUGCUUUAGCAGUGAACUUUAAAAACACAGUAAAGAUUAAUUAAAGUAAACACUAUGGCUUCCCCUUUCAUAAACUACUCAGUUUCUUGAGGUUUUCCAACGACAGGAAAUAGCCGAUAUCCACUAGUCAGCGUCUAAUUCAGAGGCGUAAAUUUAGAAAACAAGUCACAUCCGGAUUCCAAACGGAAAAAGUCUUUGAAGGACCAUUAAGUUUGUCGUCUUAAAAACAUUUGUUUCGUUCAGAUUUAUUUUCGUACUUGAGUUGACUAAUACGAUUUAUGGUAUCACAUACAAGAAGCUUAUUUGAUCGGAGCAGGCGGUCUCUAAUAAUCUUUGAAAUUUUCCAUGACAAGCAUUAUAUAGUUAUGCAGUUGCUUCGUUUUUAAUUAGUAUUUGAUUAUUCCUUUGUUGACACAGUUUUGCGGGCUUGUAAUCAAAUGAUCAAGGUGUCAUAACUUCACGUAGUGAUCAUAGAAUUGUAAAUUGAAGUUGUUUCUUGUCAGAGAACAUACAAAGAAACUCUCGCUGUAAACAAGCUCUUCCUCACACGGCGGACGGACCUAUAUUGGCACAAAAAUUACUUCGGGUCAGUGGUUGGUUGAAUGUAGGCUAAUUCACCGACUUCCUUCACCUUAAAAAGCUACGUGACUCCCGCUAAUUCUAAGAAACUUCCUUUGGGCAGGUUUCUAAAGGAAACCACAGGCUCUGUUUGUUUUUUUGCGCCAAGUGAUUACCAAAAUUAGCCACUAACAAGCAAGUUAUUGUCAUCGCUGACACCUUCAAUACCCAGAGCCUCACUUGCACGUGCAAAGUGUUAUGAAUUUUUUCAUCCCGAAAAGAUGUCCGCUUCACCUAUGGAUACGAGGCAAGUAGGCAGACAUGUCUUUAUUUUCUCGAAGCAGAACGGCAGUGAGAAUCCUCCUACAAUAAUCGCAAAGCCUGUCAACAUCACACAAGAUUUGCCACGAGAAUUUCUACGCUAUUUAAAAACAUUAUUCGAUAUUCUUGACGAGAAGGGAACAGGCUUUGUGCGACUCGCUGACAUAGAGACUCGGUGGAAAACUAAACAAGGAUCGAACGGACUCGGAGAGGGAGUCAUAGAAAGUUUACGGAAGGUUACUCCCAAGAAUGGACUUCUGAGUUUUGAAAGACUAUGCACUGGAAUGAAAUUGGCCCUAAAAACGCAACCACGCGCACAAACUAAUGGUAGUAUGAAUGGGUUAGAUCAUUCAACCAGAAGAUCGAACUCGCUACCGCAGCUAGACACGGCGACUAAAGGUUGGACUUCCGAUUCUAGCGAGGACUCAUUUGCAGGCAACGAAAACAGAACUAAGGCUCAUGUCAUUAACAAAUUAAGGGAUAGAAAGGAUGAAAGUCAAGAAAAGAGGCGUUCUCUGACUAUUAAUACUUCGAAUCAACGCACAAGCGGGAACGAUAGCUCCGGAAGUGCAAGUCCAUCAUCUGCAAAUGGAAGCCCGAAAGGAAGAUCAAAUUCUACGACAAAGGUUUACUUUGUUGGUAAAGAAAUCAGCAGUAGUGUACCAGCAAAUUUAAAUGGACACAUUAAACAUCCUGCUGCCACCACUGAAAUCCAGAAUUUUGACAAGGAUGCUAGAUUACAAGAGCUUGAUGAUGAGCAUGACCUUUUACAAAAUGGUCUUCAGGUCAUCGAAAAAGCUAGAAAGUGGUAUUUUAAAAGAAUCACAGCUAUUCAGGAAGAGAAGUUGCACCUUCAAAAUGGUGACCAGUAUUCUCUAGAACAGUUUCAGUAUGAACUUUUACUCCACAAGACAAGAAGAAGAGAACUUGGUUUGGAUGAUGACUCUUUCAAAGAGCACAAACAUCACAUACAGAGUGUUAAUCAGUCUUUAGAAAGAAUCAUUGAAGGGAAAGCACCAGUGAAGGCAUCACCAACUUCAAAUUCAGAUGCUAAUAAUGAAAGACAAAGGCUGCAAGAUGAAGUCGAACGUCUCAAAAAGGAGGUUUCUGAGAAGGGAGGCAAAAUUGCUCAACUGGAAACUGAGAAGUCUGCCCUCAUCCGCGACUUGUUCAAUAGCAAAGCAUCAGGAAAAAAUGGACUUAGCACAAAAAAGCCCCACCAGAUCUUCUAAUUUAAAGGCCAAUCUGCCCUUUUUCGAGUUGACUAAGGAGCUGCAAGUUACGGCAAGCUUCGACCACCUGAACAUAUUGGUAACAUUUCCGAAUGUCUUCAAUAACCUGGACUCCGAUAACGAUAUGUUUCCCUUUCCAUUCUACUCGCCAGUAGCUGUUGUGGAUGUAGUUGAAUCUUUGUAAUACAUCACUCGCUGCACUGCUGUUGGAAAUCCCACUGGUCAGCAACACACAACAAAGCGCGUAUCAAAGCAUGGCAAGAAGAUAGGGAAAAAAAGUAUAUGGAUAUAUAUAAUUAUAUGACAAAAUUUAUCAGUGGCUGUUAUUACCAAUCUUAUGCAAGCUCCAAAGUUAAUAUACUUAUUAAGCAAACGGAUUGCCGAAUGUAGCACCCUGUGCAAUUUUUUUAUUAUUUUUAAAUGCUAUAAGCUUUUAACUUUCAUUUACAUUCCAUUUUUACAGCCCUAUAACAAACAAAAUUGAUUUUUGAAACAUUAUUUAUGAUAUUUUGUAUAGUUGGAGAUGAUCUUGAUUCCAUUUGCUUGUGCCAGAUGUAUUUACUGUACAUUUUUCUGAGAUCAGAAUCAAGGAGUUGUUUCAUAGUUAAUUUUAUAGUCGCACAUAAAAUCAGUAUUAUUGAAAUAUUAACGUAAGAAGAUAAAGCGAGGAAAGAUGAAUUUAAUUAUCUCUUAACUUCAGUGAGCAGAAAACCAUUAUUAACGAUAAACGUUAUAAAUUAUGAACAGAAUUUUUUUAACGGUAUACUUGCAUAAUAGUAGUGUAUUUUGAUUGAAAUAGUUUAUUUCUAUAAUAAUUUUAGUACUUGUAGAUUAAACUGCUUUGUCAAAGCUAUUGUAUGUGACUGUGUCAAGAAAUUGGCUCGGGGACCGGGAGCGAUACUCAAAGGCACCAAUUAGAACACUUGAUUCCACUGGUGUGAAGUGCACCGACAUUGGCUUAAAAUCAUGUGGCCUGUUUCACUUGAGAGGUGAAGAGAUUGGCCAAUAAAAUUUAGUCUGCGGGUGCAAGUGUAGUUUUUUGUAUGUUUUGGUUGUGUUCAAUGUCUUUACCUGUUGCCUAUUGUCUUAGCAAACCAGUUCU